AGCCUCUCUGGGAUCCUGUUAUUUUUCCCUGCCGUGGGGGCUUUUUCUGUCAGAGGCCCUCAGCCAGGAGGAGAGGCCUGUGGCUCUGUGUGAGAGGGGACUGAGUCAGAGGGAGAGGAGAAGAGGGGAGAGAGGGCGGCGAAGGAGUGCACACAGGAUCGGCAGGUCUGGAACCCAGAGGGGGGCCUUCACAACGGGGAACUAUACAGUUUGGGAUUAUACAUUGAGAGGACACAUUUCUAGAAGACUGGGAGCUUGUCUCAGGUGGAGGGGUCAAGAUGGCAGCCAACGCAGAGGCGGCCAAACCAGUCAUCAUGAAUGAAGAGGAGCUGAAGAGGAAGCAGAGGGAGAAGCUGAAGAAGCUACAGGCCACAGGGGGCAACCCUCGACCUGCGAGAUCCCUCUUCCUUUUCACCCUCAAAAAUCCCUUCCGCAAGGCCUGCAUCAACAUUGUGGAGUGGAAAACCUUUGAGAUCAUCAUCUUAUUAACAAUCUUUGCAAACUGUAUCGCUUUGGCUGUGUUCCUUCCCAUGCCUGAAGAAGACAGUAAUAACACCAACUCAAGCUUGGAAAGUUUGGAGUAUAUCUUCAUGAUCAUAUUCACGUUAGAGUGCUUUCUGAAGAUAGUCGCAUAUGGGCUCGUGUUCCAUGAAGGUGCCUAUUUACGGAACUGUUGGAACAUAUUGGACUUUGUCAUCGUCUUCAUGGGUCUCUUCACCUUUGCCUUGGAUACCAUUAAUAAGAUAGCAGGUGUGCCAAUGGAGAAGGGUGGAGGGUUUGACAUGAAGGCACUGAGAGCCUUCAGAGUGUUGAGGCCCUUACGUCUCGUCUCUGGAGUCCCCAGUCUGCAGGUGGUGAUGAACUCCAUUCUCAAAGCCAUGCUGCCUCUGCUGCACAUCGCCCUGCUGGUGUUUUUGCUGGUCACGAUCUAUGCCAUCAUGGGACUGGAGCUCUUCAAGUGCAAAAUGCAUAAGACUUGCUAUUACACUGGCACAAAUAUCUACUCAACAGCAGAGCUUGAGCUGCCUGCACCCUGUGCUCAGGCUGGCAAUGGACGUCGUUGCAUGAUCAACGGCUCUGAGUGUCGGCCAGGCUGGGAAGGCCCCAAUAAUGGCAUCACCCACUUUGAUAACAUUGGCUUUGCCAUGCUUACCGUCUUCCAGUGUAUUACCAUGGAAGGGUGGACCAAAGUGCUCUACUGGGUUAAUGAUGCAAUAGGAAAUGAAUGGCCCUGGCUCUAUUUUGUUCCCCUCAUUCUGCUGGGCUCCUUCUUUGUUCUCAAUCUAGUUCUGGGCGUGCUCAGUGGAGAGUUUACCAAAGAACGAGAGAAGGCCAGGUCACGUGGAGAGUUCCAGAAGUUGCGAGAGCGUCAGCAGCUGGAUGAAGACUUGCACGGCUACAUGGAGUGGAUCACUCAUGCUGAAGUCUUGGAUGCUGACCGAGAGGGCAAAGGACUCCUGCCUUUGACCAGUGGAGAUUCAGACACAGACAGCCUGUAUGACCUGGAAGGCAAAAGUCGUAUCGUCUAUUACUACCGUCUGGCCCGCCGCUGGAAUCGUUUCUUCAGGAUGAAGUGUCUGGUGUAUGUGAAAACAAAGGGCUUUUACUGGCUAGUGAUGUUCCUCGUCUUCCUCAACACCCUGACCAUAGCAACAGAGCACCACCACCAGUCUGCCUCGCUCACUUCCCUACAAGAUGUGGCCAGUCGUGUACUGCUCGUGCUAUUUAUCAUAGAGAUGUUUGUGAAGAUGUAUGCGCUGGGUCCCAGAGCAUAUUUCAUGUCUCUGUUUAACCGCUUUGACUUCUUUGUGGUGCUAUGCGGUAUCCUGGAGAUGAUCAUGUUUUCUGCAGGAGCCGUGGCUCCCCUGGGUUUCUCUGUACUCAGGUGUAUCCGACUGCUAAGAAUCCUAAAAGUAACAAAGUACUGGACCUCUUUGAGUAAUCUUGUGGCCUCUCUCCUCAACUCUGUACGCUCCAUCGCCUCCCUGCUUCUUCUUCUCUUCCUCUUCAUCGUCAUUUUCUCACUCCUGGGCAUGCAGGUGUUUGGGGGGAAGUUCAACUUUUCCGACCACAGACCUAGACGCAGUAACUUUGACAACUUCCCCCAGGCCCUCAUCAGUGUUUUUCAGAUCCUAACAGGAGAGGACUGGACCACCAUCAUGUACAAUGGAAUUAUGGCCUAUGGAGGGCCUGUCAUUCCUGGCAUCCUGGUUGCCAUCUACUUUGUCAUCCUCUUUGUCUGUGGAAACUAUAUCCUCCUCAAUGUCUUCUUGGCCAUUGCCGUUGACAACCUGGCAGAGGCUGAGAGUCUGACUUCAGCUCAAAAAGAAAAGGCUGAGGAGAAGAUGAGGAGAAAGCUACUAAGGUCCAAAAUGCCUGACAAGACUGAUGAGGAGAGAGAGAGGAUAGCUAAGAAACUGGCAGAGCAGAGAGCCAAGACGGAGGGCAUGCCCACUACAGCCAAGCUCAAAAUUGAUGAGUUUGAGUCCAAUGUCAAUGAAGUGAAAGAUCCAUUCCCACCUGAUGACUUCCCAGGUGAUGACGAGGAAGAGGAGCCUGAAAUCCCCAUCAGCCCUCGUCCCCGACCAAUGGCCGACCUGCAGCUGAAGGAAGAAGCCGUUCCAUUACCUGAAGCCAGCUCCUUUUUCAUUUUUGGUCCUCAGAACAAGUUCCGUAAACUGUGCUACAAGAUCAUCAACGCCUCAUCUUUCACCAACUUAAUCCUUCUCUUCAUCCUGCUCUCCUCCAUCUCCCUGGCAGCUGAGGACCCCAUCGAUCCCAAGUCCUACAGAAACCAGAUCUUGGCCUAUGCUGACAUUGUCUUUACAACUGUGUUCACCAUUGAGAUUGUAUUAAAGAUGACAGUAUAUGGAGCAUUUAUGCACGAGGGCUCCUUCUGCCGUAACUCCUUCAACAUCCUGGAUCUGAUUGUGGUCGGAGUCUCACUGCUCUCUAUGGGAAUGGAAUCCAGCGCUAUCUCUGUGGUGAAGAUUCUCAGGGUGUUGAGGGUACUGAGGCCUCUCAGGGCCAUCAAUAGAGCCAAGGGGUUAAAGCAUGUGGUCCAAUGCGUGUUUGUCGCCAUCAAAACCAUCGGCAAUAUCGUCCUUGUCACCAUGCUGCUGAAUUUCAUGUUUGCCUGCAUAGGAGUGCAACUUUUCAAGGGUAAAUUCUACAGCUGUACAGACCAGUCCAAAAUGACUGAGGAGGACUGCCAGGGAUUCUUCUGGAAGCACAUGGAUAAUUCCCUGCAGGACACCGUGCUUGCAAAGAGAGAAUGGCUCAACAGUGACUUCAACUUUGACAAUGUGCUCUAUGGCAUGCUGGCUCUCUUCACUGUUUCCACAUUUGAGGGCUGGCCAAAGCUGUUAUACAGAGCCAUUGAUUCAGAUGAAGAAGACAUGGGCCCUGUAUUCAAUAACCGAGUGGAUGUGUCCAUCUUCUUCAUCAUCUACAUUAUCCUCAUCGCUUUCUUCAUGAUGAACAUCUUUGUGGGCUUUGUCAUCGUCACCUUCCAGGAGCAGGGCGAGCAGGAGUAUAAGGACUGUGAGCUGGACAAGAACCAGCGUCAGUGUGUGCAGUAUGCCCUGAAGGCUCGUCCGCUGAGGUGUUACAUCCCCAAAAACCCGUACCAGUACCGAGUCUGGUACAUUGUCACUUCCUGCUACUUUGAAUAUCUCAUGUUCUUCCUAAUUAUGCUGAACACCUUGUGUCUGGGCAUGCAGCACUGCAACCAGUCAGACCAUGUGACCAAGCUGUCAGACAUGCUGAACUUGAUCUUCACUGUGCUCUUCACUGUGGAGAUGAUUCUCAAGCUCAUGGCCUUCAAAGCGCGAGGCUACUUUGGAGACCCCUGGAACGUCUUUGACUUCAUUAUCGUCAUCGGUAGCGUUGUUGAUGUCAUCCUGAGUGAAGUCGAUACUGCCCUGGCCUCCAGUGGAGGACUGUACUGUCUCCAUGGCUGUGCUGAGACAAAUCCUAUGCAAGCAAUCGCGGCAUCUGAAAAUGCCUCAGUUUCCAUCACGUUCUUCAGACUUUUCCGUGUCAUGCGUCUGGUCAAGUUGCUGAACCGUUCAGAGGGAAUCCGUAACCUGCUGUGGACCUUCAUCAAGUCCUUCCAGGCUCUCCCUCAUGUAGCUCUGCUUAUCGUGAUGCUCUUCUUUAUCUACGCUGUCAUCGGGAUGCAGAUCUUUGGAAAGGUAGCAUUAGUGGAUGGCACCCAAAUCAACCGCAACAACAACUUCCAGACAUUCCCUCAGGCUGUUCUGAUGUUAUUCCGAUGUGCUACUGGAGAGGCUUGGCAGGAGGUCAUGAUGGCCUCCAUGUAUGGGAAGAAGUGUGACCCCAAGUCUGACUUCCUGCCAGGAGAGGAAUACACCUGCGGGUCCAACUUCGCUGUGUUCUACUUCCUCAGCUUCUAUUGUCUCUGUGCCUUCCUGAUCCUUAACCUGUUUGUAGCUGUCAUCAUGGACAACUUUGACUAUCUGACCCGUGAUUGGUCUCUUCUUGGUCCACAUCAUCUUGAUGAGUUUAAGAAGAUCUGGGCUGAGUAUGACCCUGAAGCCACGGGGAGGAUUAAACAUCUCGAUGUGGUGACACUACUGCGGCGCAUCCAGCCUCCAUUGGGAUUUGGCAAGUUCUGUCCUCACCGUGCUGCAUGCAAGCGCUUGGUUGGAAUGAACAUGCCUCUCAACAGUGAUGGCACCGUCACCUUCAAUGCCACCCUGUUUGCUCUGGUCAGGACUGCACUCAAGAUCAAAACAGAAGGUAACUUUGAGCAGGCCAAUGAGGAGCUGAGAGCUAUUAUAAAGCAAAUUUGGAAACGCACCAGUAUGAAACUGUUGGACCAGGUCAUCCCUCCUAUAGGAGAUGAUGAGGUGACUGUGGGGAAAUUCUACUCCACCUUCCUUCUCCAGGACCAUUUCCGUAAGUUCUUGAAGCGUCAGGAGGAGUAUUAUGGCUACCGGCCCACGAAGAAGAGCGCCUCAGGCCCAGAGAUCCAGGCGGGCCUGAGGAGUAUAGAUGAAGAGGCGGCUCCAGAGAUGCACAGGACCAUUUCAGGAGACCUGCAGAAUGAGGAAGAGAUGGACAGAGCUAUGGAGGAGGCUGGAGAGGAAGGUAUUUACCAGCGUACACAUGGUCUGUUUGGUAACCGCGUGGAGUCAUUCUCCAGCGAGCCCACCAAUGCUCAGUCCCAACAGAUGACCAACCAGCGGCCUCUCAAAUUCUCUGAGACACAGCCUGAGUCUCCACUAAACUCCGCUGGCUUAGCAUCCACGACUGAAUUUUUCCCCACAACCGCACCAAAAAACAACACUAACAACAACGCCUUUGCAGAUUUUUCAUUUGACAGAGAAGGCAGUCCUGAAGACUUUUACAAUGAGGAUUUAGAGCCAGACAACCUGCGCUCCUGGAACUUCGUUGUGAGAACGGAUAAAACACAGUUCCCUUAUGACCCUGACUAUGGUGAUGGUCAGAGUCUGAGCUCCCGUAGUGCAGCUGACCAGCUCGUGCAUGAGGCUCUAGUACAGGGUGGUCUGGCCUCCAUGGCCAAAGACCCCGACUUUGUCUCUGUAACUAAGAAGGAGAUGGCUGAUGCCAUGCAUACAACUGUAGACGAUAUGGAGAGCGUGGCUCAGGGCAUCCUUAGCGAGCGCUCAGGCAGCGUCGCCUCUGGCAAAAAGAGACGUCCCAUCCCUGCCCCUCCUCCUGCCCCCGCUGUGGCAGCACAGGAAACAGGCCAGCCAGAUCCAGCUGUGAGAAGAAAGAGACGUCCAAUACCCAUGAUUCCCUCCGUACAGGAGCCGGAUGAGGCCAACUCCAAAGUUUAGAGGUUGAGUUUACGUGGUUAUCUUGUGACUCUUUACACUUGCAGAUGGCUCCAGCUCACCUCACUUUACCAAGCUUGUUGCCCCUCUUGACAAUCUGUAGCAACUAGCCUGGCUCAAGGCCUAAAGGCAGCGUGGUUCACGUUUAAUAAAUUGUCAAGUGUGGCUGAAACUUAACCAAGGAGAAACAAUAUAUCUGAUGAUGAAACAUCCUCUUAAUCUUCAGAUUUAUUGAAACUAAUAAAAACACGAACUUAUCUCAGAGCGAACAGAUUGACGCACUUCUUUCUUUGUAGCGUUUGUUGAAGUUAUCCAUUCCAUAUGACUUAUGGGACAACCAUGUGAGUGAGCUGAGUGUCUUACUGAAGCCUCACUGAGGGAGGCGGGAUAGUGACUGAAAUGACUCACUGAAUACAGAAGCUGACUUUAUUAUGCUGCAGUUCAGUGAGGGAGGUGGGAAAGGACUCCACUUUAGGGAGAUGAUGAAUGAGUUUCUGUGCAUCCAGGCCCAGAAAAGUUCAACUGAGUAUUCAGUUCAUGCUCUUAAAAGGGCUCUGGUGCUACUAUAAGAAUGUUUUUUCUUUAUUGGUAAAGCAGCAUCCUCUGAUCAUUUAGGACUUGCUGUCUUUUAUUACUGAGGUUUCUCCUGCUUACCACUGUUCUUGUGUGCAGUUGGUAUCAGCAGAUUUUAAAGAGGACACAUCUUUUUUGUAAUUUUUGGACAUUGAGGUACAUUAAACCUAUCAAAUAAUGAUCCAAAGAUUUAUUGUAUUAAAGUAUUUGUUCAAUUUAAAGCCAUCGAGCAGUACAUGGGAUUUUCGUCACUUUAAGUCACUGCUGCAGGUUUUAUGUGUUUUUCAUGUCAUACCAUUAAGUUAGAUUAGUUUGACCCAUACAGUUUAUGUAUCUUCAGCAUACCUGGAGUAUGGUGGAUUUAGUUUCAUAGCUCACCUGGGUAUUUAACACAUUUUAUUCAUAAUUGCAUGGGCAUAAUUAUUGCACUUGUUUCAUGUGUUGUGCCUGAAUACAAACCCUGACAGGUCUUACAGAGGACUUUUUUUUUUUUUUACAUUACCUUCUGAUCAGCCUGUUUUGCUGUCAUACAUAAAUUAUGUUGCGAAGUUUUGGAGAUAGUUUGAGUGAACUUUAUAGCUCAACCACUCACUUGGGAGUCUCCUUCACUUCUGGAUCUGUGCCAUUAUGGUUGAUGUUACAUUGGUGUUUUCACCAUGGCAAGAGAAAUAAAUCAUCCAAACAUUCAUUUCUGUGUUAGUUUUCUUUAUGCAAACAAACCAAAGAUGGAGGUCUGACAACACAGGCCGUGAUUUGGAGAAGGAAAAAAAAACCCUACGGAACAGGUGAGCUUCCUCCAGUAAAUAAUCAAAACUAAGGAUAGAAAUGCCUUGAAAUGAGGCAGUUAACACAGACGGAGCCUUGAUGAGAAGAUGGGUGCAUGCUUUGGAUGCCCGUGAAAACUGAGAGCCUCUAUAAAUAGUCUUGCCUUGCAAAGCACGGACCUCCCUCUGCCUUAUGGAAUGGAAACUAAUAUAGGAACAUGCAUGCUGAAUUAUAGGUUCAAAAAAAGAAAGAUCCUUAAAACUAAAGCAGAUAUGUCAAAAGAAGCACCUGAGGACAUGAAAAGCAAUACAAAUAAGCAAAAUAAAGAGCUUAAAUAAUUCAAAUUUUAUUUAUUGAAGCAAAGCAAUCAAUAAAACAGACUUGAUAGAGUAGUCUUGCAUUGAGUUUCCCAUUCUAAAGUAUCACUCAGACUAUAAAGAGACUGUUGUCAUUCAUACAGCCACACGACCUCAGAUUAUUAUUCAUUUUUGUGAUGAGUUUUAACAAAGUUCCAUGAUCUCGUAUCACCACCAGUUGCAGCUAACGAGGGGUUUCAUUUAGCAAUCACACGGGAAUGAAUCCACCAUAUUGUAACAACAGUUUCCUGAUUAAGCUUUAAAAAAAAAAAAAA